AUGAGCGCGGAAACGAGAGAAGAGUAUAUUGGAGAUGAGAUACAGAAGCUUAUCGCCCCACCUGUCUCAAAUGAAGGAAAAAGUCAAAAGAGAGGGUGGAGAAGACGAAAUAACGAAUAUUGCGAAGCCUGUAAAGAUGGUGGAGAACUAGUUUGUUGCGAAAAAUGCCCAGUCAGCUAUCAUCCGACUUGUACGAAUCCUCCUUGUGAUGCAAACGAUCUUCCAGACAAAUGGAUUUGUCGUGGUUGCACAUUGAAAGCAAGCCAAUCUUACGAAGAAGAGGACGAAGAAAGCCAGCAAAAGGGAUUGUUUGACAUGCUUCUCGCCCAUAAAAAGCCCAUGAACCCGUCAAACUUCGUCAUUCCCCCUUCAGUCACGCAGGAGUCAAAUUUGCCCGGAGAGAGGAGGCAAAGAAAGAAAGCGGGAAAGAACAAGAGACCGUACCACGAAAUCGACUCCAACGGAUGUGUUCAACUAUCGAGGCUGACUGGAGAGCCGAUCAAGCUCUGUCAUCAUUGCAAUAUUUCGAGUCGAAAAGCACAGCUGAUCAUGUGCGAUUUCUGUCCGCUUUUCUUCCAUGCUGAUUGCUUGAAUCCACCGCUCAAGUACCCGCCAACGACGAAAUGGAUGUGCCCUGUUCAUCCUGAAAGAAUGCUCUUGCAAAACAGGGAUCUGUUUGUCAGCCAGCGAAAGGCCAUUGCGGACCUUUUUUCAACUGAACAUGUGGACCCGAAUUUCAUAAUAACCGAAUUGCUGAGAAAACGCCAACGCUCGACUAAUCUCCGCCCGAGCACGUCAAAACUAUUGAACGAUUCUAGUAUUGAGCUCGCAAACGCUGGAUCACUGCCGAAACGAAAGUCCAUCGUCCCCAUUGGAAUCAAAAAAGCUUACAAAACGAGAAGAUACAUUGAUGAGUGUACUGCUUCAGAAGCCGAUGCCGAACUUGUUUUAUCAUGCAUACCCAGUUUUGGCAAAGAAAAAUUAUCGGAAAAGCAAAAACGACUUUCUUUAAUUCCAGAUGAGGAGCCAAAGACGCCUGAAGAGGUUGACGUCCCUGAAAAUUUUAGCUGUCUUCUCAUGCCACUAGAGGUAGACGCUCCGCCAAUAUUCGUCUGUGAGCCUAUCAGCAAUAUUGGAACUUCUCCCGAAAAUGAUAUCGUUUUACAAGCAGAGAAAUGCGAAGCAAUUUCUCCUCAUCACGCCGUCUUGUACCAAGAUCUCUCCGGAAGUUUCGAACUGCUGAACUACUCGAUCCAUGGAAUGAUCGUCAAUGGAAUCGAAUACGGCCUUGAGGACCCUGAAAUAGCAGUUCACAAGCCAGACGAUCCGCUCACUUCUGACUUUACCGACAGAAUUCACGAAAUGAGUAAAUUUGGUGGCUGGAAAAUUACAGAAGAUAAGAAGAAAGUAGAAUGGCUCAAGGACAAAGUCAUCGUUUCCGACGAGUCUGAAGACGAAUCAAAUGCUGCCAAAAACGCCUCCGAAAGCGAGGUCACCUGUCAAAGUUUAGCAAAGCUCAAAAAAUCGCCAUGUCCAUCACCAACGCCUUCCGUAGGCAGCGAAAAGUCCAAGGCCAAAAAGAGGGCCAAGAAAAGCGCAAAACAAAGUCCUGAAGUUCCGAGACACAAAUGUGGGUGUUCCGUUCCCGAGCCGGGCUGGGAGUCGCCUGUUCAACUGUCACAUGGUUCCGUCAUUCAGUUUGGCUGCAAUAAGUACCUGUUUGUCUCCAAAGAUGCUUAUAUAGAAGAACCGCCAGCAGAAGAGGCGAAAGAUCAAGUUAAAAAAGAAGAGACUGUCAUGAAAAUCAAAGAGAUUUUCCUCGCCAAUCGACCGGAUCACGCGCCGACCCCAAAUGACUUUGGGACACGUGAGAUCGACUGCCCAUGUGCUCUUCCAGACGGAGGCUUUUCAAAUGAAUCACUUCCUAAAGGAGGCAUUCUUGUCAAACUCGCAUGGAUCUCGGUGGAUCCUUAUAUGCGAUCGCGAAUGCGUCCCGUCGGGCCAAGCUACGCGGCAAGCUGGGAGAUUGGACAGACCAUUGAUGGAUUUGCAGUUGGUCAAGUGAUACAGUCGCGAAGUGGAAAAUUCCCAAAUGGGACCUUUGUUUCCGGAAUGAUGCCAUGGGCGGAAUAUGUUGUUUUAGAUGACAGGCAGUGUAAGCCGUCUCCUCAAGGACCAACGGAAAUUCCUAAAAUUGAGGGCCUAGCAGGCCUUGAGAAUCACUUCGUUGGUCUGUUCGGUGUCACUGGAUUGACUGCCUCCAUCGGAAUGCAUGUUCAUGGUGCAUUAAAAGAAGGUCAAACUGUCGUUGUGUCUGGCGCUGCUGGAGCUACUGGCUCAGUAGCCGGACAGUAUGCCUUGCGAAAGGGAGCGAAAAAUGUCAUUGGAAUUUGUGGGACUGAGGAAAAGUGUGAGUACCUCCGUAAAUGCGGAUUCACCCACACAAUCAAUUACAAAACCGAAGAUGUCGCUGCCAAAGUGCAAGAAUUCACCGCAAGUACUGGAGUUGACUGCUACUUUGACAACGUCGGAGGCGAGACCUCAGAGAUCGUGAUCAGGCGAAUGAACAAAGACUCUCACGUGGUUCUUUGCGGGCAAAUCUCUUCCUACAACGAUCCUGACGCUCCGUAUCCGAAUGUAUUGAGCGAGGAAGUCCAAAAACAUGUCGACUCUAACAACAUCACAAGGAAACGGUUCCUUUUGCUAGAGCACAUUGAGCAUACUGAGCUCUGUCUUGGCGAACUCAUCGGCUGGUAUUUACAAGGCAAGAUAGUUGCAGAGGAAACUGUUGUCGAUGGAUUCGAAAAUGCACCGAAAGCAUUUUGCGACAUGCUCCAGGGCAAAAACAUCGGAAAAAUGGUUGUCCGAGUCUAA